AUGUCAAAUCAAGAAGAGAUAACAAGUCAAAUAAAAAGCUUGAAAUUAGACAGCGAAGAUGAUACAAUUAACAAGUUGUUUAAAGAGGCUUUAACAACAGAACUCAAUGAGUCAGAUCAGAAAAUAAUCAAAGAUUCACUCCAUAGAUCAUUAUCUAAAGAAAAGUCCGGAGUUCUAUUGAAUUUAUUACAAAAUAAUGCUCAACAAUUUAUAAUACUACUAAAAAAUGUCAAUGAUUCAGGUACUAUUCUAGCUGACAUAACACAUAAACACUCUAUAGCUGAGAUAGAAAUACAAAAAUUAUUAAGUGCGAUUAGAAGUGAAGUCAGCCAGAAUAAAAAUGUGGAUUACUACUUGGGUUUAUACAGUAAUAUUAUAUCAAAUUUCAAGUUUUCGAAUUGUCAACAUUUAAGUUUGUUAUUAUCGUUAAUAGGAAGAACUAAGAAAACAGAUAAUUUAAUUUUGGUGAUUAUCAUUCAGAACUUACAAUUGAAUAAAAUUGAAACUGAAAGUAUCAUUCAAGAAUACUUUGAAUUGCAAAUAGAAGAAAAAUCUUUUGCCACAGAUCAAUUCAUAAAUUUUAUAUCAACUUUAUCAUUAUGUUUUCCAAUAUGUCCUGAACUAUGUGCAAAAAUCUAUAUGGAUGACAGAACAAAAGAAAUAACUUUACUGAAAUUGAAUACUUCAAAUGAUUUACUAAUACUAAAAUGUUUUUCAAAUUCAUGUCUUGUAGAAAAUUGCAGAACUUAUACAGUGAAUAACUAUUUUCAGUUUUUAUUAGAUUGCUUCAAAUCUACAAACGUUCAUAAAAGGAUACUAGCAAGUUUGGUAUUAGUUAAACUUUGGAGUUUUAUAGAAGUUGAAAAAAAGACCAAACUUAAAGUUACAAAUUUGGCAGAAGAUCUUAUACUAUACAUUGAUGAUAAGAAUGAAAUUGAAUACAUAGAAUAUUCAAUAGAGGGAUUAAUCUACCUAAGUUUAUUUUGGGAAGUUAGAGAAAUGAUGAGAAUGGAUAUAUCAUUUAUCGAAAAUUUAUUAAAAAUAUUACAAAAUUCAUCGACUGAAAAUAAUGUAAAUACAUCAAUUCAAUAUGGGGUACUAUCAAUAAUUGCAAAUUUAACAAAAUUAAAAGAACCUGAGCAAAAUCAAAGAAAUAAAUUGAAAAAUGUGACAUCUCCACAAACUGGUUCUCAAAGUCAAGAAGAAUCUCAGGAAAAUAUUAAAUUAUUCAAUAAGGAAUUACUUGAAGAUGAUAAAAUAAUAUCGGUUUUGACUAAAUUAAAAACUUAUCAAAACUCAAGUACUAAUAAUCUAAAUGAAGUAAUCAAUAUAGUUUAUAAUAUUUCUUUUGAUCAACUAAAAUCAAUUAGAAUAGAAUUAGUCAAACAAGGUGCAUUAAAAAUUGUAAUAAACUAUCUAGUGAAAUAUAGUGAAAUUGAAAGGAUUGACAACAGAGUAAUAGCCAAUCCAUUGAAAGAUGAUUUAAGACCAGAGGUACGAUUGAAAGCUAUUAGAAGUUUAGCAAGAAUGUUGAUAUGUAUUAAACCACAAUUAACAUUUGAACAUUUUGAUAUCAAAUCAGCAAUUCCAUUUUUAAUAGAGCUUUUGGGGAGUUCAGCCAAUGAUCAAAUCUCAUCUUACUCAGAUGAAUUAUCACCAUUAGAUAAAUAUGAAUCAUUACUAGCAUUAACAAAUACAGCAAGUAUAAAUGAUUCAAGCUUAAAAAUAUUCAUAAUCUACGAAAUAUUACCAUAUGUGGACUCCCUAAUUUUACAAAGUCUUCAAAUUCAAAUUUCUACAUAUGAACUACUUAAUAAUUUGAUAUCAGAACCAAUCUUACUAUCAAAAUUUUUCAAUGUCGCAACGCCUCAAAAUAAGCAAAGAUUAGAAAUAACUUUAAAAUUGUUAAAUUCUGAUGAAAUCAAAUUACAAGUUGUUAUUGCUGGGUUUUUAGUAAAUGCUACUAAUUUUGAUAUGAUAUCUGAUGUUAUAGUGAAUUCAAAAGAGAUAUUUGAUGAUCUUUUUGGUACUAUACAAAACAUAAUUACAAAUCAGGUGAAUGACGAGAAACUAAUCACGCCAAUUUCGUAUAUUUUGUUGAAUUUAUCUUAUACAUUGGCUAAUAAAUCAAGAUUAUCUGUACUCAAAAGUAAUGCAUUUAUAAACGGAUGUGAAAGUAUUAUAAAAAACGGUAGUGAAGAAAAUAAAGAAGUUAUUUCAAAUAUUCUUGAAUUAUGCAAUAAUAACACCUAA